UCCAUCAUCACCUGCGGAAGUUUGUACAGAGAGAUUCUGAGCGCUGUCAGUUAUUUUUUUAAAAAUACAUUUUUUCGGCACGAAUUUGGUCGUUUCGCGUGUUGCCUCGAGAACGAGGACGAAAGACAAAGACAUGCUAAGCUAGUUUGCAGCGCGAGCUGGCAUUCAUCAUUCUGGAUUUACAUCAAAUCAACAUCGCCCUUCAUACAUCAUAAUUAUAGUGUCCUUUCCUGUCAUCGUCACACGGCAAGGACUGUCCCAAAACAGAGGUUCAUCAUGCUGGGAGAUUGUGGCAUGAAAGAAUGGGAGAGACUAGCGCUCAGGAAGAACUCUGUCACAAUUCUGCAGGACUUAGUGGUGGAUGAUCUGCUGAUCCAGUGUCUGCAACAAGAUGGAAUCCUUACAGAAAACAUGGCUGAAACCAUUAUGGCUAGACCGACAUCCCAGGGAAAGAGUCAUCAUUUGUUGUUUCUUUUGCCUAAACGUGGCCCUCGAGCAUUCAGCAGCUUCUGUGCUGCUCUUACGGCAACAGAGCAACAGCAUCUCUGCAGACUGCUCAUGGACUUUACUGAGAGAGAUAAAAGCUUUUCAGAGCCAUCGCUGUCCUUUCCAACUCAGGAAUGUGUUAUACCUGCGAAAAGAGCCCGGACUCAUGAGUCCAUGGAGAUGUGUUUGGAUGCCGACUCUCCUGUGACCACAGCUGUUCUUCCCUGCAUGCCGGAAUUUUACCAGUCCCAUAGAUCACAGGCUUACCCAAUGCGCUCCUGCCCACGAGGACUUGCCUUGGUACUGAGUAACGUGAGGUUUGACUCGGCUAACACUGAUUUAGACAUCCGGAGGGGAGGAGAGGUGGAUGAGGAGACGCUGCGGAGACUUUUCAUGGAACUGGAUUUCACAGUUAGCCUGCACAAAGACCUAACUGCAGAGGCAAUGCGCAGGUGCCUAGAGCAGUUUGCCCAGCGGCAGGAGCAUGCACAGUAUGACUGCACUGUUGUGUGUUUACUGUCACAUGGAGUUGAGGGAUCUGUCUACGGCACUGAUGGACAGCUGCUGGAGUUGGACUGGGUGUUUGAGGUUUUUGAUAACGCCCGCUGCCCCCUGCUCCAGAAUAAGCCAAAGAUGUUCUUCAUUCAGGCUUGUCGAGGAGAGGAGAUGGACAAUGGUGUGGACCAGUUGGAUGGUCAGGAACGGACUCAAUCUCCAGGCUGUGAACAGAGGGAUGCUGGCAGAGAGGGGGAAAGAGAUGACAAAGAGAGGGAGGUGAAAGACAGGGAGAGACUGAGAGUCAAACUGCCCCAGAGAUCCGACAUGAUCUGCGGCUUUGCCACCCUCAAAGGUUUCAGUGUGUAUACAUUGUUGUAUCUUCAUCUGAUUUUCUUACCAUUCAUCAUUUCAUAUGUGACCCUGGAC